AGUUUGUAUUUUCAGGUGUGCCACAUAAGAUUUCUUCACUUUGUGAUGACUUAAUUUCCCCAGUUUAAAGUAUGGAUAUAGUGAUACUUGUGUCAUGUCUCGGUGGUGACACUCGGGAGUAUCAGCAGUCAGCUAAAAUUAUCAGACUUCAGCUUGAAGAUGGCAUCAUGCCUUUAUGAAUGCCUUUGUGAGGCAGAACUUGAAAAAUACUAUCCCCAUUUUGCUGCCUUUGGUCUUAAGAAGAUUGAUGAGCUUGCCAAAGUUUCAAUGAAUGAUUAUACCAAACUGGGGGUCCAUGACAUGAAUGACCGCAAACGACUCUUUCAGCUCAUAAGAAUAAUCAAAAUUACGCAAGAGGAAGACAUUGCAAAUUUAAGCAAGCAAGAUUUUCGACCAAGCAGCCUCUUCAUUCAGCCUCAGGUGACUAGAUCAGGUCCCCGUAGACAGUUGUGUUUUGAGUCCUUCUUUGAAGAAAAUGAUGGAACAGUUAAAGACUCUGAAUCUGAAUCAUAUGGUUCAUCUGACUUCAGUGCCAAUGAAGAGAAGAACAGUGUAGGGGAAAUGUUGGGACACAUUCAAUCACAUGAUCCAGAGCUGAUCACAUUAACUAGAAGAGACGUAAAUACUCCUGGAAUAUGCACAAAAAAGGACCUGAGCUGUCCAACUGUUUCUGAUGAUAUUGCUCCUCUCCUGGGGGAUUCUGAAGCUCCUAUCAUACAAAGAAUAACUCACAUUUCAGGAUAUAAUUAUGGACUACCUCAUUCCUGUAUCAGAUCCAGUACUUCUGAGAAAGAGACUCCAUGGACAGAAAGUGAAAAAAUCAGAGUGUGUGUCCGAAAACGUCCUCUAGGCCUGAGAGAAGAGCGGCGUGGGGAGGUUAAUAUCAUCACAGUGAAAGAUAAAGAAACGCUACUUCUUCAUGAGAAGAAGGAGGCGGUUGAUCUCACCCAAUAUAUAUUACAGCAUGUUUUUUAUUUUGAUGAAGUCUUUGGGGAGUCAUGUACCAAUCAUGAUGUGUAUAUGAAGACAGCUCAUCCUCUCAUUCAGCAUAUUUUUAACGGAGGCAAUGCAACGUGCUUUGCAUAUGGGCAGACUGGUGCUGGCAAGACUUACACUAUGAUAGGUACUCACCGGAACCCAGGACUCUAUGCCUUGGCUGCCAAGGACAUCUUUAGACACCUGGAGGCACCACAGUCAAGAAAAGAUCUCCUUGUUUUGAUCAGUUUUUAUGAAAUCUACUGCGGACAGCUUUAUGACCUGCUCAAUGGAAGGAAGAGACUUUUUGCAAGAGAAGACAGCAAGCAUGUUGUUCAGAUAGUUGGAUUGCGGGAGGUGCAGGUGGACUCCGUAGAUCUACUGUUAGAGGUGAUUUUGAAGGGGGGGAAAGAACGCAGCACUGGAGCUACUGGAGUCAACGCUGAUUCCUCUCGAUCUCAUGCCAUCAUCCAAAUACAAAUCAAAGACACAGCCAACAGGACAUUUGGAAGAAUAUCAUUCAUUGACUUGGCUGGCAGUGAAAGAGCAGCUGAUGCCAGAGACUCAGAUCGACAAACAAAAAUGGAAGGAGCAGAAAUAAACCAAAGCCUUUUAGCACUAAAGGAAUGCAUUCGGGCACUGGAUCAGGAACAUGCACAUACUCCUUUCCGGCAAAGCAAAUUAACUCAGGUGCUAAAGGAUUCUUUCAUUGGCAAUUCUAAGACGUGUAUGAUAGCCAAUGUAUCACCUAGCCAUAUAGCUACAGAGCAUACACUGAACACUUUACGAUAUGCUGACAGAGUCAAAGAGCUGAAGAAAGGGAUUAAGUGUUCUACCCCUGUCACAAACAGACGUCGGACAGCUGGAAACUUAUCUCCAAAACGUGUCCAAAACUCUUCCUCUUUGCCACCUGGGGAAAAGAGUUCUCCAAAAAAAGUAAAGCUAGGCCUCCAGCAUCCCUCAAAUGCUACAAAAACAAAGGCAUGUCCUGCAGCAGUCCAGCCACCAAGCGUCCCUUUUACCUCUACCCCCAGGGGAAUCAACAAAGGACAUGCUUACAAAGGAAAUCCCAACUCACUGUGGUUCCAUCAUACCGGUCCAGUUAAGGGAGUCCUACGGAUAGCACAUCCCCUGAAGAAGAAAACUGAUGAUCUGUCCCCCGACUCUGAAAAGAGCCCUACUACAAAGGAUUUAAUCAUCAAAAAUGCUGCCACAGCAGAAACAAAAAAGAGUGGCCAGAAAGAUAAGAAUAUGCAAGACAGACCACCUGCCCACUGUCUGAAAGUCCAAACAGUGCAACCUGUUCAGAAACAGCUUGUUUCUAGAGAUGAUUUUUCCUUUGGAGAUGGAAAUCUGCCUUCUGAUGGCAGACAGGAAUGGAGAAACUCCUUUGCUAAACAAUGUGUUGAAACGUGGACAAAUCUGCCUCCAUUUCAGAAGGAAAGGGAAGAGCAUUUACGUCUUUAUCACCAGCAGUUUCAGCAACCACCUAUUCUACAGCAAAACUUGAACUAUCAACCUCUUGAGAGGUUUUUAACGCAAUACAAGCCUGAGGAGAUUCAAGUAAAGCAGGAGCUGAGCCUUACUCCCACAGAAGUACAGACCAAAGAGGGGAUGCAGCUGGAAGAUCUGGAUGACAGUGAUUUCAGUGAAGAUUCUUUCUCACCUGUCUGUAGUCAGAAGAGUGUGAAAAGAAGAAACACCAACAAAUGCAGUCAACAUUCAUUUUUCCUUCAUCAAAGAGAACAAGGAACUGAAGAAGAGCAAAAAGGCCAAAAGCGACAGGGUUUAUUUUUUAAAUAUGCAAUACCCAUGCAAGAACAUGAACUAGAUGACAGUUGGGAUUGUAGUGAGGGCAGCCCACGGACGGAGGAAUCCAUUAAAAAUGCAGACUACAGCAAAAGUCCAGCAGACUGGAGCUAUGACUUAACUACUGAGUCUUCUCCAAGCAAUACUGCGGAAAAACCUUACUGCCUGCAGGAAGAUCCUGCUUGUAACUGGAAAAAUGGCAAAGAUUUCCUAGCUGAUCACAAACAGUACAAAUCCAAACACAGGUGUCUUGUUUAUUCCAGUGAAACAACCUUAGUUCCAGAAAAGGAUGCUUCCAACUCAUAUGUUUCUCCUGUAUCGAAACCAGGAACUCUAGAGUGCAAAGAGAUCAACCUCCAGCAUGAAGAGAAGGAAGAAUCCACUUUGGAUAGACAGGCUGCCCUUGCAGGAGAUGUAAAAUGGAAAGCUCCAAAAAAUGGAGUUUACCGUUGUGGAUCUUCCAGCUGUUCCUCAGAACUCACUUCUGAGCUGAUGGCCCCCCUCAAGGUAACCCUUCUUGACUAUGAGGAAACAACUGAUACAGAGAAAGUGUCUUCUAACCAAGAGAAGUCCCCCUGUGUGAAGCAGAUCUCUGACAGGAACAUACACAGCUCCCAGAACAGGUUUGAGGAAGAGGGCUGGCAGUGUACAAGAAGCAGAGCUCUGACAGACAGCAUGCUGGAACUGGGGGAGCAAAUGCGUCGCAGUGGAAGGCACUGCACCUUGCUGUGUUCCCCACAAACAGGGGACAAGUGGCUGUCACCUACCUGCUGUGGUGUGAAGCCAUGCUGCUGCCUUCUGGGGUUGGGUUCAUCAAAACACGGAGCUGUUCACAGUUUACUUGUUGGAUAUGACCUGACAGAAACAUCCACAGCUGAAUCCACAGACUCCGGGAGAGAGAGAGAGGGUGGUUUGUUUCCGAGUAGCUCAAUGAGCAAAGAGUACUCGGGUGGCAGACGGUGUGGUGCUGGUAUUCAAGAUACUGCUGGUAAUUCAGGAAAAUCUAACUCAAAUCAGGGACCCAGUGUUGAGCCCAUGGCUCAGGAAAUAAACACUGAUAUACCAGAAAAGACCUAUUUUUCAGGUGCAUCAUGCCUUCUCACUGUGGGACACACGGAUUACACAGCCCAGUCCCCUUCUCAAGGAAGCACCCUGCUGUUGCAGCACAAGUCAGGACUGAGGAAUGAGGACUUCAGUCAUUCUGAAGACCCAGCCAAGUCAUCAUUCAGCAAUGAGGGAACAGGGCAGAGUAUUUUUACACAAGAGAUUUUUGCUGCAGAUUCAGGAUCUGCAACCAAAGAUAGUAAGCCAUUUGCAAAUGCAAAGAGCCCCUCAGGCAUGUCCAACAGCAGCUCUCCAAAUGCUGCAUCAGAGAUGGGAAAAUGGCAGAGGGAAGCCCUAGAAAAAGCACAACAGGCUGUAAUUCGGGCCCAUCAGCAGCAGCUGGAUGAAAUGGCAUCCUUGUGCUUCAAGGAGGGGUGCUUGAUAAAUCAGAUGUCAGCAAUGGAUUUUCAGAAUUUAGUGACCAAGCUGGAUGAAAUCUUGGUACUGAAGUCAAAAUGUAUCCAAACGAUGCGAGCCCAGCUUCAGCUCUACUUAGCCUCAUCUGGCACUGACAUGUCCCUGGAAACAUCUCCACCAGUUUAGACCUUCUUUGCUUACCCAUGCAGAAGAACAGCUACAGGAACCACCAGUGUUUGCAGCACACUUGGUGCUGCAGAGUGUGAGUGGGUAGGGGAUAACUUUCGGUUUUAUGUUUGUGAUUAGUGUGUUUUUUAGUUAAGGAUGGAGAGAAUUCUGAGUAAAUAAGAGAUAACUACUUGGCACCACAAGCUUUUGUAUUUCCUUCAUACCAGUAGGACAGUGUUCUUAAGAAUAACAAUUCAGCAGCCUGCAAAUAUCUCACCAAGCAGUAGGCAGUCCUGUCCGCAGUAUUCAUAGCAGCUUCUUAAAUGUUAACAGCACUUCUGUGUGGCCAAGAAAAUGAGGGGAAAAGAAAAAACACUUUGAAGCCAGACACAGAUCUGAACAGAAAUGUUCAAAAGCUAUCCGGAAAAGUGCUUGCAAACACAAGCCAGGGAAGAGAGAGGAGCUGCCGUUUAAGUACACCAACAUUAACUCAACCAUAAGUAAAUGGAAGUCAAGGCAGGACAAGAAGUGCUGUCACUUUUGGAAGGAAGGUUAUUGUUGCAUUUGUUCUUUGCCUGGGGAAAACACUCCAGAGCUACUGAAAAAGAUGGCUUAAGUCAUGGGCAAUGGGUGGUUUAGUAAAGACUGUACCAAAGGUUCACCUAGCAUGUUACUAAGCAUGUGGGUUUCACACUGCUGCCAACAGUGAGAGGCCAACAACUUACACGCUGCAAACAACACCUGAUCUCAGCACUAUGGCUCAGCUGUAGAGUGCUCAUCAUCUGGGUUGGCAGAACUGAUUUUUGACAUCAAGAGAGUGCUUGGUUAGAAGCAGUGGGAUUUUAGAAGCUGCUAACGGUGCUGUUACAUGAAGCCGGUAUUUGAAUCAAGAACUACAGAAUGAUCAGCUGGAGCCCUGCAAAAGCUCUGGUGCUGCAGGCAUCACAUCUGAACCACAGAACAGGUCCACUUGUGGAAGCCACAAGUGACCUUGAAACACGCUCAGCUGACGUGCUGUGUGAGCGCUCCCACUCCAAAAUUUGGGCUGUCGCAGCCAUUUCGGUGUCUCAGUAGUGCCUGUAGUAGGUCUGUCAAAGCCUGCUCAGUAGCCAGAAAUGCCAAGGGUAAGGGAAUGCUGCUGUCUGACCAGCUGUGAAUUUUCCUGCCUGCUUCUACACCUGCCCUGAGGAGCCCAGUUUUGGCUGAGCAGCAAUACAGUAGUCACAGUGACAGUUUCUGGUGUUUGGUACAAACACUCCCAGGAAUGCCACGCAGCGUAGCCCUGGGGAGGCAGAAUUCCAAGGGAUGGACCCGUAGCAGUAGGAAGUCCUACAUCAGUGCCCUGACUGCUGGGUUGUUUUCAGCACUAGUUAGUCUUCCUCUUGCUACCGAGACUGGAUUACUCUGUGGAGCAGAGUCCCUCCAGGGUCUGAGUUUAUGGCUCCCAAGACGGUUCUUCUGUGCAGGUUACAGGCCAGUAGCAAGUGACACCUGAACCCAGUUCUCCCAGUCCCCUUUUCAGAAGCCUUCCUCGCCCAGAGGAAUGAGGCUCCCAGGAGCAAGAGUGUCAGUGGUAUUUCGGUACUUGUGCACAGCGCAGAGUAGUGGCGUUUGGCAGCCACCAGAGAGCUAUAAGGCAGCUGAACGCUUGGUGUCUCAUUAAAACCAUGGAGGGAAGAUACGGCAUUAAACCGAGCUCCCCUUUAAAACAUGCAGCUCUUAGAAAGCCACCCUCCACCUGCGGCUGGUGACAGCUUUCCUGAUUGAGGAGAACGCAUGGGGUGGGGUAGUCCUUGUGCUUUCUGAAAGCAUAAAUGGAUGUUGUUUCCCUCAGGACUUUCUCAGUGAACAUGCAGAGAUACAGGCUGUUGGAGAGCUGCUGAGUUUUGCAUUUUCAUUUGGAGCCAAGGAAAAGGUCAGACUGCUGCAGGAUGUGUGCACAGGGCACAGGAAAAUGAGAUGCCCAGCCAGUAAUGCAGUGCUAGGAAGGAAAACUUCACCUCCUCGGACAUUUGGGAGAUGAGUAUUGGUUGAUUGUACUGCCAGGCCUUUUAAAGAGCAGCUCAGCCAAGUACACUCAUGGGCAUUCUCAGUCUCUUACCCAAGCCAGCCAUUUCUAAAGCGACACACAAGGAAGAACCAUUUUCACAACUGACGGGGCCGUGUCCUAACCUUGGUAUUUUUAGAGGUAGUUUUAACAAGACUGAUGAGUGACUGAAAAUUUCCAUGAGCAGAGGAAGUGGGAAUUAAGUCAGCUACCAAAUCUGAGACAGCUGUGAAUCCUGUCCAGCCUGCCCAGAGUGUGAAAAAGGCAUGUCUGUCUGGCAGAUCUGAGCCCCAGUGCAAGUUCCAGAGCAGGAAUUAUUUGCUCCCUGGACGAAUGGCCAGGAACACUGAGAAAAAACAAAUAAAACCAAACAACAACAAAGCAGUUUUCCAGGUCUGAUAAUACUUUUUAAACUAGAACCAUCCAGGUAAUCCACAAGACUGUACCUUACUAAAGAUAAGAAUUUAUUAUCAGUCCGUUCCCAGAAUUUUAUUUUCUCUACUGAAGGUGGAACUUUACUAUAAUAAAAAAUAAAUUAAAAAAAAAUAAUCCCUGGCUGUGAAACCCCACACAUCCUUGGCAAUAACAGGACUACAGACAUACUUGUGAUGCCUGCAUGCCCAGGGAAUACCAGAACUGGGCUCUUAGUACACAAUGGAAACUACCAAAGGUGUUGCCAAAAAUGGUAAAAAUUUUUCUCUCCACUCUUAAGGUUUUUACCUAGAUGCUGCUUUAAUUCUUGUGUGAAAAAUGUGUUAAAUGAGCAUUUUUAACGUGUCAUCUCCUUACUGCUGUUUAGUAUUGCACUGACACCCGAUAUGAAUGGUUUUCAUUUCAACCCGAGGAACGUAUGUGGAAGUGUUUGUCAUUACAGCAGUCUAAGUGAUUAGGAGAGCCUGGCCACGUACAAUCAAAUACAUACAGAACCAAAAUGGGUUCACUUUUGUAUUCAGCUGCAACAAAGACUAUUAAUGCUCAUGGCAGAUGCUUGGUGUUUGAAUAAUUGAUGUUAUUUAAAAUAAAAUUGUUUAUUGCAGAACUCUGGUGAAUUUUUUUAAGUAAAUGUCAUCAAAAGAUCCAUUUGUUUGAUUGCAAAAGAUUACCUGGGGCUGGAACCAAGUAUGAGAUCCCCUUCACACCUGGCCUGUUGACACCACAUGUUUCAGAAGCUGCCCUCCAGCCACGGGCCCACACAGCCUGCAGCAGCAGCAGCAGCAGGACCCUUGCACCAGGCUUUGCUGCACGGCUGGCAGCAGCCAGCUGCCCCCCAGCACGGGGAGCUGCCCAGCCGCACGCCGUGCCCAGCUGCUGCGGACACAGGCUCUGGGGUCAGCCACCCACGGGUGUCCAGCACAGCCACUCUGCUGCAGGAGCCACCAGGCCAGCUGAAGAAAGCCUUGCGGCAUGCUGCAGCCCUGGGACACCGGGCAUCGGCAGCUCCCACUGCCUGACCGACUGUAGGACCCCAGAAAGGAGUCACCUUCAAAACAAGGUGGUGACCACAGCAGCGCUCUCAUCGCAGCAGGUCUCCAGCCAUCUGCAGGCAGAGUAGGAGGCCUCAGCUGCUGUGUGGGUGACCGACAGCUCUUCAGUGCCAAAGCCCCUACCAGGCUGCUGCUGUCCGGAAUCAUCAGGAGGCAGCUCAGGGGGUCUCUGGCUCAAAGCACAACCACCAGUUUUGGCUCUGUCCCUACACUUCCCACAGGCCUUUUUCCACCACAGCACCCAGACCUCAGCUAUGCAGCAACAGCUAGGGCAAGGCAGAACAACCUCUGACAAAGUUAAACCGGUGCCAAGUGCCAGGUAGAUGACUCAAUCUGACCCGAGAAUCUAAGGAAAUGCCCUAAUGUCUCAAGUGUGAGCAGGGACACAGUCAUCUGACCAGCUGUCAGCAGGGCAGAGCCCAGCCCCGUACCAGCUACCAGCAGGACCUCCUCCCAUCCAGGCUGAGCUUUGUUCUUGACAGGAAGAGGAUGACAGUACCGGAGUCACUAGUGAUGCACAGCGCCCAGAACAACAUUCUAGUCUCAUCGUAUUGUGUCACUUGGUACACAUUUCUUCGGAAGUGCCUCUCCCCUAGGCCACCAGGUUAAUCCCCUCAGCCCCCUGGCCUUUCCUUCUGUGAGAAGCCACCCCAGAAACACGCUUCCACCCUUCAGCUACCCAGUGAUGCAAGACCAGAAACCUCACUGCCAAAGCAAGAGCAGCAUCUCCAGGCAAGACACAGACAGGUCCAUAGGUCUCCUUGGAAGGAGGAGACCAGCUUCACAGGUAUCACUUCACAUCUUACCCUGCUCCACUCUCACCUCCUCAACAGUCUCUACACAGCAUGGUUACUGCAGUGGGGUUAAGAGCUGUCCCUGCAGGGGCAGACUGUGAAACAACUUAACACACAGGAACACAAUCAAAGAGAAUUAGUUUAUUCACAGGUUUGGUCUAAAUAGUUGUUUCUUUGCUAGCAAGACUUCCUGCCCCUUCAUGACUAUCUAGUACCAGGCAAGGACUUGUUCAGAUGUUAAUUCUGAGGAAACCAAAACGAGCAACACAACUGAAUGCUCUCAGCAGUAACAGUAAAGCAGUUUAGUUUUCAACUUUUCCGAUUAAUCAGGAACCCCGUUUCCUUCUUUCAAACUGUCCCAUUUCUCACCUGGGCAGGAACACUGGGCAACUGCUUUACCUGCACCCACAGAGGCAGCAGCUGCUGAACAGCCUUCUUAGGCCAACACUUUAAUUUCACUCCACCACCAGAAGCCGGUGCAGCUCAGUGCUACAGGAUAUGAUGCAAGGCAAUCUGCCCUGGUUCUACUCAUCCAUCUCUACAUCUCCUAGAUACUUGCCAGCUACAUCACCCCUCAGCAUCUUUUUUUUAAGUAAAGGUAUUUAAUUAAUAUAGUUGAGCACCUCACAGAAAAUUCCAGGAGUUAAC